AUAUAGUAUUGAGAUUCCUUUCCUUUUCCCAACUUUCUCUCUCUCUCUCUCUAAAUUCCCCCACAACUCAACCCUCUCUCUUUUCCCCUUAACCUUUUUGUAAGGCAAAAGAAAAUAAGGUAUCCAUUGUUGGAAGAAACCCUUCUGAAGCCCUCUUUAACAUGGCAAACGAAGAAGGAGGCAACAACAACAACCACAACAAUCCCUCAACAAACAACAGUCUCAAAAUCAUUGUAGAAAGAAACCCUUCUCAAGCCAAGCUUUCACAACUCAACAUCCAUCGUUGGCCAAAAUGGGGUUGUUCUGCUGGAAAAUAUCAGUUGAAAUUUGAGGCAGAAGAGACUUGUUAUCUAGUGAAAGGGAAAGUGAAAGCUUAUCCUAAAGGAAUUGAUUCUUCUUCUUCAUCGUCAUCAUCUUGUUGUGAAGAAUAUAUUGAAUUUGGAGCUGGGGAUUUGGUCAUUAUUCCUAAAGGACUUAGUUGCACUUGGGAUGUCUCUGUUGCUGUUGAUAAAUUCUAUAAGUUUGAAUCUCAAUCUUAAAUUUUAAUUUUAA